UGACCGUGCAUCACUUCAGACGCUCAGACGGAAUCUUUUCAAAACGCUGCCGCUCCUCCGCCCCUGUCGCCGCAGCAGCGUCGUGCGCAUUUCUCCCCGACGCGCCGCCUCCUCCACCUCCACCCCCUCCUCCACCUCCACCCCCUCCUCCUCCCCCUCCACCACGCAGCCACAGCAUGGUGCUCGGACUCCGAGGCGCAGCGGCGCACCUCCUCGCGCACACUCGAGCCUGAGCCGCUGAGCUGCACCCCGGCACCGGACGCAUCCAGCAGGAGGAGACGGGCAGCACCACGCACGGGCGGCGCGCGGCACCUGUUCGGUCCCCACCCUCACGGACGAGCCACAAUGCAGGAGGUGGGCGGCACCCAGCGCGGCCCCCCGCGGGCCUUCAGCGUCCUGGAUCGCCUGCUGCUCACGCAUCCCGUGUGGCUGCAGCUGUCGCUCAACCGUGACUCCGCCCUGUACAUCCUGCUCCGAGAGCCUGUCGGGACCUUCGUGGUGCGCAAAUGCGGCGCCAGCCAGAGGAAGGUGCUGUGCUUGAGGGCGACGGCGGACCCGAGUGCCUCCGCGGUGAAGGAGUGCUUCAUCUGUGAAGAGGACUCCACGUUCGCCCUGGAGAGCUCGGCGCUCAGCUUCCCCGACCUGUGUCGACUGGUGGCCUUCUACUGCAUCAGCAGGGAUGUGUUGCCCUUCCCCCUGGAGCUCCCGGAGGCCAUCGCCAAAGCCACGAGUCACCGGCAGCUGGAGGCCAUCUCGCACAUGGGACAAGACUUCUGGAGCCCGCCGAGCUCCUCGGACGUCCAGAACGGACCCGUGGACCCGUUGGCGCCGACCAGCGGCGGCCGGGCGGCCCGGACGGCGGUGGCCCAGGACCGAUGUUCCCUGCUGGCCCUCGGCAGACGGGGCAAGAUCUGCUUCAUCAAUCCGCUCUUCCUGCAGCUGGAGGUUAGCAAGCAGCCACAGCUCACGAAGCACAGUGCCUCCAACAAGCGGCACCGCUUCAAGCGCAGCAUGCGCCUCCGGCUCUCCGAGUCCUCCAUGAACCUGUCGCUGGAGGGGGUGGGCUCCUUCUCGCCGCCGCCCUCGGUGGAGCAUCCCGACGGGUCCGAGAGGCUGCACAAGGCCGGCGGCGACCCGGCGCAGAGGCGAGUCCACCCCGGGGCGGGGGUCCUGAGGAGGACCCCCGCCGUCUCACCGGGUUCCGCGGAGGAAGAGGACGUGAUUUCUGUCUAUACGUCUGCCAAGGCGGACGAGUCCCCGCGGCCCCGGCAGUCGGCCCCGGCCGACGAGUCGGGCAUCGAGGUGGCGGUUCUGGCCCUGGAGCGCCGGCCGGCGCCGUCCCUGGCCGAGCUCGACAGCAGCAGCUCCUUCAGCAGCAUGGACGAGGACAGCGACUCGGACUCGGGGCCGGAGGGCGCGGGCCAGGCGCAGGCGCUCGCCUGCCCGCGGCCGCCCCUCGUGCGCUCCCGGGGCCGCGGGGGGCUGCACCGCAUAAGCGAGGCGUUCGUGUGCUUCUUCGCCCCGGACAAGCGGCUGACGCGGCUGGUGGAGGAGCUGUCCAGGGACAGGCGCUCCGUCUUCGGCGGCAUGGUGCAGGACUUCCUCCUGGCGCAGAGGGGGACGCUCAAGUCCCUGGUCUCGUCCUCCUCCUCCUCCUCCUCCUCCUCCCCCCGGGGGACCGCGGUGCAGCUCCUGCAGGGCCUGCGGCUCUUCCUGUCGCAGGCAAAGUGCUGCCUGCUGGACAGCGGCGAGCUGGAGCCUCCCAUCGAAACGCUGGUGCCAGAGAACGAGAAAGACCUGGCGCUGGAGCGGGCCAUGUUCUCCUGCGUGCUCAGGCCCCUGAGGUCCCACCUGGAGAAGGCCCUGGUGGCGCUGCACGACCGGGACGGCUCCAGCCAGCGGCUGGCGCGCAACCUGCUCCGCCUGAGGGGCGACGCCGCCAUGGAGCGGCUGGGCGUGCGGACGGGCGUCCCCGACGGCCGCGGCGUGGAGAGGGCGAAGCAGAAGCUGGCGCUGAUGCAGCGGACGCACUCGCCCGUCGACAAGGUGCUGCUGCUGCUGCAGGUGUGCAAGUGCGUCCACAAGGCCAUGGGGUCGCUGCACGGACAGGAAGUGAGCUGGGACGACUUCCUGCCGUCGCUGUCCUACGUGUUGGUGGAGUGCAACAGGCCGCACACGCUGAUCGAGGUGGAGUACAUGAUGGAGCUGCUGGAGCCCUCCUGGCUCGGAGGAGAGGGGGGGUACUACCUGACCAGCGCGUACGCCAGCCUGUGUCUGAUCCAAAGCCUGGACCAGGAGCGACCGCUCUCCGGCUGCCUGACGCCGGAGGCCCAGGAGGCGCUGAAGGAGUGGAGCUGCCGACGGAGCCGCGAAGCCCAGAGACAGAAGGAGAGCCAGCAGAACCAGAGGUGCGUUCGGAUACUGUUCCAGGACGGCGAGCGGAGCGCUGUGCGGACGUUGCAGUGGAGCGCCGGGGAGACCAGCCAGGCUCUGGCGCAGCUGUGCGCCGCCACGUUCGGCGUGUCCGACCCGCAGCAAUACACUCUGUACUGGCGCAGCGGCGGCGAGAUGAGGGCCCUGCCGCCCCAGGCGCAGCCCCAGGACCUGGCCGGCCACAGCGAGGGGGGCCCCUCGCUCUCCUACCUGCGGACCGACCACGACUUCAGCAAGAUGCGGCGGCUCACCCGGGGUGGCGCCGUGGACCUGAGCGAGUCGGUGUGUGAGGAGUGAGUGGGGAGGGGGGAGGGGAGGAAGAGAUGGAUGGUCCCCCCCCCCCCUUCGCUUUCUCUCUUUCUCUCUUGCCCUCCCUUGUUCUGUCUCUUUCUCUCCGGCAGUGUGUUUGUGUCUGGUCGUGGGUCAGGACUUGUUGUGCAAAAAAAACAAACCGCAGCCCGGUUCUCCGGACAAGGAGCAGAACCCUGCACCGGUCAAACUCUUCCCAGUACGGACCCGAGCCGAGCGCCACCGACAUCGGGACUGUUGCCAAAAGUCGUGCUACGUACAGUGCCACUCUGCCAUCGAGUAAAAAAAAAAAAAAGAAAGAAAAAAAGGCUAAUUGCCGACUUUGGGAAAAA